AUACAGUGGAUAUAAGACAUAGGCACAUACAUACGUAUAUACAUACAUGCAUUUGUUUGGCCCAACAUAACUGUAACUUCAAUAUAUACAGAUGAUGUGGGCCGAUCUUUUUUCUAGUUUGUCUCAAAACCCAUACUUCAGUGCCGGAUUUGGAUUAUUCGGUGUUGGAGCUGGUGCAGCAAUACUUAGAAAAGGACUACAAGGCGGUGUUAUUUUAUUCCGAAGACAUUUAAUGAUUACCUUGGAAGUUCCAUGCAGAGAUAAAUCAUAUCAAUGGCUUUUAAAAUGGAUAACGUUACGAGGCGCCCGCAAAACCCAGCACUUAAGUGUAGAAACCUCAUUUUUGCAAAACGAUAAUGGACAGAUUAAUACCAGCUUUGAUUUUAUACCAAGUAUUGGAAAACAUCUGUUUCAGUAUCGUGGCAAUUGGAUACAAGUAGAGCGUACAAGAGAACAACAAACUUUAGACAUACAAAUGGGUGUUCCAUGGGAAUCAGUGACUUUAACAGCAUUAGGAAGAAACAAGCAAAUUUAUUUUGAAAUAUUAGAAGAUGCGCGUCAGCUAGCUCUACAAUCUACUGAAGGAAAAACAAUUAUGUAUACUGCGAUGGGCGCAGAAUGGAGACCAUUCGGACAUCCCCGUCGACGUAGACCUACUUCAUCAGUAGUCCUAGAUAAUGGAAUUUCUCAAAAAAUCAUUGCCGAUUGCCAAGAUUUUAUUAACAACUCUUCUUGGUACACCCAACGAGGAAUACCAUAUCGGAGAGGCUACCUUUUAUAUGGCCCACCAGGUUGUGGGAAAUCAAGCUUUAUAACGGCUUUAGCGGGGGAACUACAAUAUGGUAUAUGUUUGUUGAACUUAUCUGAAAGGGGUCUUACUGAUGAUAGAUUAAAUCAUCUUUUAAAUGCUGCCCCUGAACAGUCAAUAAUAUUACUUGAAGAUAUCGAUGCAGCCUUCGUUUCUCGGGAAAGUUCUGUCACCCAAAAAUCGGCGUAUGAUGGUUUAAAUAGGAUAACAUUUAGUGGUCUACUAAACUGCUUAGAUGGGGUUGCUUCUACUGAAGCCCGGAUUGUAUUUAUGACUACAAAUUAUUUGGAGCGAUUGGAUCCUGCAUUAAUAAGACCUGGCCGAAUUGAUUUAAAAGAAUAUAUAGGACACUGUACCCACUUUCAGCUUAAAGAAAUGUUUAAAAAAUUUUAUGGUCCUCAUGAAAAUACAAAGGCUAAUGAAUUUGCUGAUAGAGUAAUAUCUUUUCAUCACCCAGUCAGUCCAGCACAAAUUCAAGGGUUUUUUAUGAAACAUAAGUCAUCUUGUCCACAAACUGUUGUUAAUAGCUGUGAGGAAAUUUGGGAAAACGUCCCAAAUUCUUUAAUUGCAGUAAAUUAAUUGUGGUAUGGGGAAUAGUAUGUUUUUUCCAAAAAUGUUGUUUUUGCAUAUAUUACAUAAUAAAGAAUUGUUGACUUCUGUAAAA